GACGACAAGGCGGGCGGCUCCCUGGCCGCGCUGCUCCUCCAGCUCAAGCUCGAGCUGCCCUUCGACCGCGUGGUCACCAUCGGCACCGUCCUCAUCCCCAUCCUCCUCGUCACCCUCGUCUUCACCAAGAACUUCGCCGAAAGAAGAGGAUCCAUGGCUAUAUUAAUUUAUUUACUCUUUUAUACCAGUUCACAGGAACAAUGGGACGCCUGCUUUAUAUUCAAUAAAAAGAGCUAUCAAAUAAUGCACCUAUUGUGUUGUAUUUUUAUUCAUAAGGUGUGUCCUUGGGUCAAAAAACUGCUUUCUAUCCACUAGUGUAAUAUUAUGCCACACUGAACAGGUGUGUGUCCCAAAUAGAGUUCUUAUUUGUUGUUCCAGCUGGUUUUGUGUGCACAGCAAGCUUUGGUUGGAUUGAAAACGACAGUCUUUUGUCAUGUGUCAGGCUUGUUACUCAUAUAUAAUACCUCUUUUUCAGCUGAACUCGUGGGGGCUUGCUAUUUUUUACCCCAUUCAGAGGUCUGUUGUUGCAAUGGUCAGAGUUCCAGUCAUUCAGUAUUACCCAAUGCCAUAGAAUAUGCUGAAGGCAGAGCCCCCUUAAAUAAAAUCCCACAUCCGCUUUGAACUGGGAUAUAUGGCAGUGUGGACUCAGAUAACCCAAUUCAAAGCAGAUAUUGUGGGAUUUUCUGCCUUGAUAUUCUGGGUUAUAUUGUUAUGUGGAAAGGCCCUAAGUAAUAAAUGCCUGUUUACUGUGUCCUGUCCACGUAAACCGUAAUACAGAGUUCAAGGACAAACUGGGGGGGGGGGGGGGGUGGGUCUGGGGCACCUUUUCUUCCUCUUCAUCCUCCCUCAGAGGUAGCAUAGUUUUGCAAGAGAAAAAACUCAGCAAAUCUAUAAAGCACAUUUCAUUUUUGAAGCUCUUUAAAUGGGGAAAAAGUACACCUUAGAAUCGGUGAAAUACAAUAUAUAAGUUAUAAUGUAUUCUUAUGCAUGUCUCUCUGUACCCUUCCACACAGCCAUAUAACCCAGAAUAUCAAGGCAGAUAAUCCACAAUAUCUGAUUUGAACGCAGUUAUUUGAGUCCACACUGCCAUAUAAUCCAGUUCAAAGGAGAUGAUGUGGGAUUGUAUACAGCUUGUGGAAGGUGCCUCUGUGUGCUUAGAGAGAAAGAGUUGUAUUUUGGUAGAGCUAAUUUUCUCUGAUCGUGUGUGUGUGUGUGUGUGUGUGUGUGUGUGUGUGUGUAGGUGUGCAUAAAUACUUUCAAUCAUGCUUUCGUUCACCUCUCAACAUGCAAUAUUAGAUCCCAUUGUAGUUUUAGGAGUGUCAUUAAAGAAGAACCACAAAAAGUCAUCCAGUCCUGAACAAAUACAUAAUGAUGGUUAGUAGAAACAAGCCAGUUUCAAACUUGUUUCUACUAAUCAUCGUUAUAUAUAACGUGCAGGACAAAUUUUGUUUUCACUAAUAGUAUUUACUGGUUAAUCACAGUGUAUGAAUUAAUUAUAGCCUUAAACUGGUUAAUCUGCAAUGGAGGUGGUAAUUUCUGAUCUAGAGAUCAUACUGGGGGAGAAGAAAAAUGGUGCUUGAACUCUUAUUGACUUCUCCCCAUACAUGAUUUAACAUUAUGUGCUAAAUGUGUUAUAGUACAACUUCUGUAUCUGCAGGACCAGUAUCCAUGGUUGCAUAUACAAAAUAUGCCAUCUCUAAAGAUUUUCUAGGUCUUCCAGAUGAUUCUAUAACAUGCUUCUGCAAGAGGUUCACCAUGGAGUUAUGCUGAAAGGCCUAGUAAUGCUUCGAUAGCUGUCCAUUCUAGGUAUUUCCUAGAUCAGUGGUUCUCUAUCUGUGGGUCCACAGAUGUUUUGGCCUUCAACUCCCAGAAAUCCUAACAGCUGGUAAACUGGCUGGGAUUUCUGGAAGUUGUAGGCCAAAACAUCUGGGGACCCAUAGGUUGAGAACCACUGUCCUAGAUCCUCUGCCACAACUUUGUGCUUCUGCCAAAAGGUGUUUGUUCAGUACCCACAGCCUUGCAUAUUCAUAUGAAAUCCUAGAACAUAUCCCUUGCGGAUACAAGGAUUAUACAGUACUUUCUAAAAUCUAUACUUUAAUCUGGUUCCAAGAAGAUGGCGCUCAACUGACUACUUUCAUCUGUUCCUUGGAGAUAUAUUUUGUAUCAGGGUGAUGCUGAUAGGAUUGUGCAAAACCAGUCUGCUUGGCUUCUCUCCAUAGGGUUUUACAGCUAAAAGCUUAGGAGUUCAAGUUGCAAAAGAGCAUUAUUGCUGUUAGUUAUGUGGAUUUCCAAGCCUGCAGCCAUUUCUUGUGACACAGAUACAAUAUGAAGGAAUUGUGUCAGUUUUCCCCUGCCAGCCUGGUAUUCUGUAGCAGCCAGCACUGCGGCAAUUGCACUGAGUUAUGAUUUGGAGCCCAGUCUAGCCAGACCAAUUAGAAUUGAGAUAUGACUUAAAUGUGAUGUGGCGUGAUGCGUUAUUGUUGAAACAUGCUGUGAGGAAAGUGUCACUUCUAUGUAAUGGUUAGAAUGCAUCUGUCUGCUGUGUUUGGACCUGACCUUCUUUGGAGCUGGUUUUACAAACAGCUGCUACAGUCCCAGUUGUCGGGUAAUUGUAAACUAUCUUUCCCUGGUUCAUUACAAGUAACAGAAUUAAUUGCUAUUAGAAUAAUCUGGCACAGCAAAUCAGAUGUGGGACUUGCUAAUAUUACUCAGUUUACAGCAUCUAAGUCUAUUAGAGAUGCCCUAAGCAUUUGUAAGGCAGGGCAGGAUAUAAGUCAAAUAAAUAGAUUAAAUUCAAUUAUUGUUGCUAUGAUCACAGAGAUUUGGUUAGUUUUGGAGCUAUGAGGAAGUCAGUUUGCCUCCCUAGAUUAUUCGGGGGGGGGGGGGGGUGUUUUGUGUCACGAGCAACUUGAGACACUGCAAGUCGCUUCUAGUGUGAGAGAAUUGGCCAUCUGCAAGGACGUUGCCCAGAGGAUGCCUGGAUGUUUGCUGUUUUGCCAUCCUGUGGGAGGCUUCUCUCAUGUCCCCGCAUGGGAAGCUGGAGCUGACAGACGGGAAAUCGCCCCGUUUCCCGGAUUCGAACCACCAACCUUUUGGUCAGCAGUCCUGCCGCCACUGGUGAUACAAUAAGAGAGAAACUUCUCCAAGUGAAUUUGCCUUGCUUCAAACUUCUAAAGAAGUAAAGCAAUCAAGCUAACAAAAUCAUCCGUGUGUUUUUCUAAAUUGCCAUUAUUUUUAAUUAUAAUCUGUGCAGUUGUGAGGAGAGAGACACAAAGCAUUGUUUCAUAUGUCAAGGGAUGUGAGCCCUCAUUUAGUAUGCAGAAGUAGUGUCCUCUUUCUUUGUUUUCUGGAACGUAUUAUGAUUUGCAUGGGUAACAAAAGUCAAGAAAAUUUGUAUAAGUACAUACACAAUAGUCUUACUUCAACUUAAUCAUAGCAUUUUAAGGUACGGUAGUAAGAUUUCCCUGUGCUUUAUAUCAUAAUUUGGGAAGAGGAUAUUUUAACCUUUUGGGAAUGAUACAUCUCUGUGCACUUGAUGGUAUUUUAAACAUGUAAUAGGCAAAAAAUUGAUAUCGUUUAUGAAAUAUUUAUUUUGCAGAGCUCCUUUUGUAGGUUAAAAUAUACAGCAGUGACUUUUCUCUCUGUUAUACAGAGGAGCCCAUAUACUGUUACACACCCCACAACUUCACGCGUGACCAAGCCUUGUAUGCCCGAGGAUACUGUUGGACAGAACUAAGAGAUGCCUUGCCAGGAGUCAAUGCCAGCCAUUGGCCCUCCUUGUUUGAGCAUAAGUUCCUUCCAUAUGCCCUGCUGGCUUUCGCUGGCAUUAUGUACAUUCCGGCACUUGGCUGGGAAUUCCUGGCCUCCACCAGACUGACGUCUGAACUUAACUUUUUGCUCCAGGAGAUAGAUAACUGCUACCACCGAGCUGCUGAAGGCCGUGCACCCAAAAUUGAAAAACAAAUUCAAUCCAAGGGCCCUGGGAUUACAGAGCGAGAGAAACGAGAGAUCAUUGAGAACGCUGAGAAAGAAAAGAGCCCGGAGCAAAAUCUGUUUGAAAAAUACCUGGAACGGAGAGGGCGCAGUAACUUCUUAGCCAAGCUUUAUCUUGUGAGACACUUGUUCAUCAUCUUUCUGAGCAUCAUCCCAAUCACUUAUUUGUCCACAUACUAUGCUACGCAGAAACAAAAUGAGUUUACCUGCGCUCUCGGAGAACCUCCCGACAAAACAAGCCAUUCCAAAUUACUCAUCCGGGUGAACUGCAAACUGCCAUCUGUUCAACUACAACGGAUCAUUGCUGGCGUAGACAUUGUCCUCCUCUCCUUCAUGAACUUGAUUAUUCUCAUCAAUUUAAUCCAUCUUUUCAUCGUCCGCAAAUCCAACUUCAUCUUUGACAAACUGAACAAGGUUGGCAUAAAGACUAAAAAGCAGUGGCAGAAGUCUCAGUUCUGUGACAUUAAUAUCCUAGCUAUGUUUUGCAAUGAAAAUCGAGACCACAUCAAGUCACUGAACCGCUUGGAUUUCAUUACCAAUGAAAGUGAUCUGAUGUAUGACAAUGUGGUGCGCCAGCUGCUUGCAGCAUUAGCCCAAUCCAAUCACGAUGUCACCCCAACCGUACGCGAUUCUGGGAUACAAACCAUAGAUCCCAGCAUUGAUCCCACAGACAUCGACCCUAAUGAGCACCUGGUCAUUAAGCGACCUCGAAAGAAAAUGAAAUGGAUACCAAGUACAAAUCCUCUUCCUCAACCAUUUAAAGAGCAGUUAGCAAUUAUGAAAGUUGAAAACAACAAGCCUGAGAAGCCAAAACCAGUGCGUCGGAAAACCGCAACAGACAGUCUGGUUGCUCCUUUGCUUGAGUCCAACUCAAAAAACUCCCAGACAUCUUUGUCCCAAAAAACUGUAUCCAGCACCCUCUCCAGCACAAGUGGUGAGAAAAAGCACACCCGGCACUUUUCGUUAGAUGUUCACCCAUAUAUACUUAGUAGCAAGAAACCCAAGCCGGAGAUUCAACCGAUUACCUCUAUGGCAACAUCCAAAAGUCAAGGGAGUGGAUUUUUAAGCCAAGAAGAGAAAGUCAUAGUGCACGUCACCUCCUCUCUCAAAGACUCUUCCAUUCCUGGCAAAGAUACCCUUUACUCACACGACACAUGCAGAACUGUGCCUGCUGCUGCAGCUUUUCUCACCUGUAACCACAAUCAUAUAGCAACUGCUGGUGUUGCAACAAAGGUCAUUUUGCCCCAGGUCAGCAAGGCAGAGCCCAUGCCCACCCUGAACUGUAACCCAACGCACCCUCUUCUGCAUAUCAAUACUUUGUAUGAAGACCACGAAGAAGAGGUAUCGGACCUUAUAGCUGAUUCGUUAGACAAUACAAUUCACUCACCAACCGAAGCAGGGGAUAUUAUCUCCAUACCUUCCACGAAGCAAAUCAUGUUGGCAACCUUUGAUGAGCCAUUGACAAUAGUGAACUCCAUAGAGUAUUGACGGCCACAAGCUGAUCCUGAUCAAAGCUUGAGCCUGAUACCUCACCACUCAGUACCACUGUAAUGUGAACCAUGCUGCCCCACAAAUGGCACACACUGCAUGAGCCUGGAGUGCUGAAACACAGUCCAUAGGUUUCAUUAAUACUCCAGAUCGGUUGUUCAGGGUAGUGUCAUGUCUGCUAUCAAUAGCUUGCAGAAUACAAUGAUAAUAAUAAGAUUGCCAACCAAAUUAUUCUAUGCUUGGAGUAUGCAAGAAACAAAGCACAAAGACAUUUAGCUGUAGCUUCAUGAAUUCAGUGUGGAUUACUCCAACUAUUCAACUAUCUAAAGCGUUUAAGUGCAUGUCACACAGUGUUUCUUAAACAAAGCACUUAUAGCCUUGGUGGUCCAGCUCACUAUAUAAAGUAAUGAAGCACAUGAACAUGUACAAUAUUUAUUCUUCCAUUUUAAAGAAAGCAUAAAAUUGUGUUUUGUUUUUAAAGUUUGAAAAAGAUAGGGGUUUAAAAAAAGAAAAGAGCAAAGACUUAAAUCCAAUUGGUGGUCCCAGCUAGAGUCUACUUAUUGAAUCCAUUGCAAAUGUUACGUCAACACUUACAUAAAUGUCAGGGAUUCACUAGGUCUUUUCUACCUGGGGUUGGUAUCUAGCGACCUCACCUCACAAGGAGGGGAAAGUAGGGAGAGUCGUCUUAUUGUUUCUAUUAUUGUUUGAUGGAGCCCAUGAAAUGAUGCAGAACUGCUUCCAGUCGAUUUCGUGUUUGAAGUGUAUAUAUAUAGAAAAGGAGACUUGUGAAGCCACAGAGGAAUCGACUCCACUGCUCUCCCUGCACAUAGAAAUGACGGAAACCCAUUAUUUAUGGUGGAAUGGAGCUGUUGGAUUUUAAGGUGGAUGGGCACUAUUGUUAAAUUCUCCAUUUUCUUUGGAAACAGAAGACCACUAAAUGCCACACUUAGAAGACGAUUCCCCCACAUCUCUCUCCCCUUGUGGGAUGAAGUCCUAGGUCAUCGUUUCUAUGUUAACCUUACAUUGGUUCACAGGUAUUGGGCUUGCCAGCUGAUUUUAACGGCCAACUUGACCCUCACCAGCAUACAUAUCAAAAGUUGAAAUCUGUCAGACUGCUGCACUUACAGAUGAGGAACUCAAGAGCUACACCCUGCCCUUUAAUAUGUUUAUAUGUGCUGUGACAGAUGAUGAAAAUGAAGAGUUUAUUUUUUUAAUGUCUAUUUUAUUGUGACCAGGAGAGUUUUAUUGAAUAUGAAGUUAUCUUUCAGCAGAGUAGUUGAGAUGGGGUGGUGAUCCUAUAACUAUUUAUUUUUGUCAUGGUGAAGUCUGCAAAUCAGACUAGAAACUUCCUAGGAUGCUUCACUGAUGUGAAGAAUAUUUCAGUGCUGCUAAAAUACCCAAUAUGAGCUAGUUGACCCAAUGACGUAGAAUUGCAGAGCAUUAUUUCUUGAUUUGUUUUUUUAGGAUUUAUCUACACUACAGUUUUCCACAGAUAAAACACCUUUGAUUCUUCCAGCUUGUAAUGUACUUGCAUUACAAUAUUUGUUUCUGAUCAAGAGCUAGGUGUGGAUACAGCACAUGAUUCUGGGGGAAAGAAUAUUUUUUGAGAAAAUGCAUUGAAUCUUUUUCUCACCCCUCUUUUCUAUAAACAUGACACGACACAUAAUUUUCUUAAAAUAUCCAGCACUAUUUAUCUGUGAUAUCGCCUAUUUCUUGCCCGUUAUUCCCCAUAACAGUACAAGGUCAGGAACAUUGUGAGGGAUGUAAAAUGGCAGGUAGGUUAAUUGUAAUUUCAUCCUCACAAAAGGGUCUUCUCUGGGGAAUUUCCAUGAAAUUUAUUUCCCACAACAAUAGUAGAAUAUUUUGGAGGAGGCCGCUGCAUACAGCUUUUGACACUGCGUCACUUGAAGCAUAGGGAUCACAUGUUGAAAUGAUGCCCAUAUUUUAAAAAUACAUAUAAAAACUUGUAUGAAGAAUAUUACCCAUGUCUUAUAUGCUGCCUUUCCCCAAGCAGGGAUACUUUUCAAACAUGGUAAUUCUUUCCCACAGUCUGAAGUGCGGGAUGGAUGGACAAAUGGGGUAUUUCUAUACUACAAAAUGUUUCUGCACAUUGGAAUAUGACUUCAGAAAUGUCAACAGAUUCCAUGACCAUUCCAUUUUUACAUAGGUAAAGGUAAAGGUUUUCCCCUGACAUUAAGUCUAGUUGUGUCUGGCUGUGGGGGUUGGUCCUCAUUUCCAUUUCUAAGCUGAAGAGCCGGCGUUGUCUGUAGACACCUCCAAGAUCAUAUGGCCGGCAUGACUGCAUGGAGCACUAUUACCUUCCUGCCGAAGUGGUAACUAUUGAUCUACUCACAUUUGCAUGUUUUUAAACUGUUAGGUUGGCAGAAGCUGGGGCUAACAGCAGCAGCUUACUCUGCUCCCCGGAUUCGAACCGUCAACCAAGUUCAGCAGCUCAGUGGUUUAACCUGCUGCACCACCGGAGGCUACCCAUUUUUACAUAGCUGAAAUGGUAAAUACCCAUUGAAAAUAUCCAUUAAAAACAUUGAGGUGCCCAUAUGUAGAAACUCACUGAAUGACGCUUGGCAGGUCAUACUUUCUCAGUGGUAGAGAAAGGCAAUGACAAAUCUUUGUCUAAAUCUUGCUUUUUAAAAAUGAUAUGCUCACCAUAAGCCAGAGUGGACUUGAAGUCACAUACAACAAACCAUGCUUUAGCUCUUCUUUAGUCCUCCAUCCCUUCUAAUAAUCUGGUUGUUCUGGUAAGAGCUGUUUUGUCCUUUGAGAGUAAUUUCCAAUGUGUUUGGACAUUCCCCUCAGUAGACCUCUCCUUUAUCACGAGGGUCAACACAAGCAUAUAGGACAUCCAGAACAGGAUGCCCUGUAAUAGGGUUAAAUCUGGAUCGAAUCUAAAGUAGCGGGUAGAAUUGUGCUGCGUAUUAUUUCAGGCUGCUAAUAAUUAUGACAUCAGAAUGUAGAAUUAUAUCCCUGUAAUAUUUAUGGAUUUUGUAAAAUUUAGAAUAAAUGUUCAUAUAGAUGUUAGGCUGAGCAAUGAAAAGAUGCAAACCCAAUUCUGGACGGGUCUCACUUCCAAAUCUCCAGACACUUCUGAUCAGUGUGGAGUUGCUAAAGAUCAGUCAUUUCCUAAUCUGUGUUCAUCUGUGGUAAACUAGUACUGUGGAAAAGCCUGAUGUAGCAAAUCUCUUAAGUCCUUGACUAGCUUUAAACCCAGGUGUAGCCUCAUUGAAAGCCAACGGGAUGCAGGUUCAAAGGUAAAACACCAUGCUUAUUAGCUAUCCCAGGGCAUAUAAUAUGAGGAUAAUUAAUGUGCAGUACGUGCUGUCAUUUCCAUAACACCGUUUGCCUUGCUUGGCCCUAAGGUACAUCUUCACGACUGGUUUCUUCCUAUAACAUUUAAUGUGUGAGUUUCCUAGAUUGACUGUAACUUUCAAAGGGCCCACUGAAAACAGCAUGCAAUAACUGUUCUUGACAAAUUUCCCUUGGAGGGAGGGCUUUGUUCUGUUUUCAGUUCAAGUAAUAUUAAAGAAAAAGCAAGGAUUCCUCUUGAAAUGACAAAACAUUUCUGCAUGGUGAUAGAAAAACAACAACACUGCACAGGUCUAUGGGUCUAUGUUCUUGAGUAUGUUUAAUUUAUUUUACCUCAGAAAUAAAUAUGACACAAGUAUUUAUUGAAACUAGCACUGAAAGCAAAUAAAUAUUAUCUCAAUACUG